AUGGAUUGGAGGGAUCAUGGUCAAAUCGAGGGCACUCCCUUUGGCUUUACGGACAAGAAAUCGGAGCAACCAAAGAACACUUAUGAGCCCAACUCAAUGGUCGACCCCCGAACGGCCCCACCGGUAGACCCUCCUUCGCAAACCGCUCAGAGUAUCCCGACGGCAGAAACUGGUGUAAAGAGAUCUGGGAAUGGAUGCCUGACUGUAUCCGACCUUGUAUUCGAUGUUGGAAGGCCAUCUUUGAAUCGUGUAAAGACCGUAAGGAGCGACACCAUCGAGGCGGGUGCUGUUGGGGUAGAAUAUAGCAGUGAAUACAGCUUGAGAGUCGCCUUACGUUGUCCAUUGUGCAGCGGAAGGAAUUUCACAGAAGGCAACUCGAGAAGAAUACAAAAGAGAAUCUCACCACAUGUGACCUCGCGCAUAUAG